AAAAGAGGAACCGAGGAACAAAGGAUAGACUAUUUCUCUCUCCAAAUUCAUCUUCUUCCACUCUUAAUUUUGUCCCCUUUCUCUAAUUAAUCUACCCUUUUUUCUCACUUUUACUGCUCAAUAGAAGACCGUGUAGAUAUAACUGGUUCACAGACUCGAACCAACUAGAACAUACAAUUUAAUUUGAUCUGAUCAUCAUAUUAUAAAAGAACUAUUACAAGGAUUAUCAAUUUUUGAUUCCCAAUUGAAUCUGAUCAUUGUUACAACAAUUGGGUAUUAGGGAAAACUAAAGAAGAAGCAAGGAUCAAGAUGAUCAGGGGGAGGAGUCCACCAAAGCAUCGUCAUGAUGGAACCUCCCCUUUACCUAUGGGGAUGGAUUGGAGUCCAGCUCCUAAAAAAUGGAGUGGUCGUGAUACUGUAUGGCCUCAUGAUCCUCGGUCUGGAUGGAGCUACUGUGUUACCAUUCCUUCGUGGGUUGCGCUUCCUAAAUCAAGAUCAAGUGCUUCAGAUCCUGUAGUGUUUUACAGGGUUUUGGUGGGUAUCCAAUCACCAGAAGGAGUUACAUCCACACGAGGAGUAUUGAGGAGAUUUAAUGAUUUUCUCAAGUUAUUUCAUGAUCUGAAAAAGACAUUUCCUAAGAAAAGCCUUCCGUCCGCACCUCCUAAAGGUCUUUUGAGAAUGAAGAGCCAGACUCUCUUGGAAGAGCGAAGGCGCUCUUUGGAAGAGUGGAUGUCAAAACUUCUUUCAGACAUUGAUGUAUCACGGAGCAUGGCUGUGGCAUCUUUUCUUGAGCUAGAAGCUGCUGCCAGAUCUUCAUUUCAAGACGUAAGUCAGCAGCCCUCUGAAGCUAAUGCUUCUACUACCAGCAGUAUUUCUUCGGAUCAAAUCCAUUCCAGUUUAAGCUUACCUGCCCUUGCUGGUAGUUCAUCAAUCGUGUCAGAUUAUGGUAGUGACACUGCAUAUGAAACAUCUGAACUUGAAAGUCCUAGUUUUGGAAGAGAUGAUGUCUCUGAAAUUGGUGUUGACGAGUUGACGUUGAACGGAGAUUUAACUAAUCCAAUGGAAACGAUGGCUAAGUACAGCAUGUCUAAUAUUGAUGAAGGGUUAUUGAUGGGAGAAAGUAUCCUGGAUCAGUUAGAAAGUUUCAAAAAGCAUAAGAUACUAAGUACACAUAUUACCCCUAACGGGAGUGCUUUCAAGUCUGCAACGGUUAAUAGGGCAGGAAUUUCAUUUGAGGAAGAUCCUGUUAAAGUUGUCAAACAUAUGCGGAAGCCUUCAAAUGAGAGUGUGGGGAGUGAUCUAAGUUCAUAUAAAGGCGGUGAAACGUCAAAUUUAUGGUCACCUAACCUCCUUGGUGAAGAGUGUCAUGACCUUCCGAAUGGAGUCGAGGCUUCUAGGACUAUGGGGAGUCCUAGCAGUUCAGAGCUGCAAUAUAGCGCUGGAGACAUCGUUCUCCCAAGAGAUCAACAGCCUAAACUAGAUAGAAUUCUAAUGAUAUUGCAACGUAGAUUAGGGACUGCUAAAACUGAUAUGGAGGAUCUUAUCUCAAGAUUGAAUCAAGAAAUUGCCGUCAAAGAAUACCUUACGACAAAGGUCAAGGAUUUGGAGGUUGAACUUGAAACUACUAAAGAGAAGAGUAAAGAAAAUCUCCAGCAGGCUCUUUCACUUGAAAAGGAAAGGAUUACGACAAUGCAGUGGGAUAUGGAGGAAUUACGUCGAAAGUCAUUAGAAUAUGAGCUCAAAUUGAAAUCUCAAGAGGAUGCUAAGUUGCCAACAGAUGCCGUUGUGAGACUAUCUGAUUUCCCCGAGAAGGAUGAAUUGUUGCUGGAGUUGGAAUCUACGAAAGAACAACUUAAUACCUUGCUAAAGCAACACGAGGAGCUGGAGAUGAAAUCUAAAUCUGAUAUCAAAGUGCUUGUUAAAGAGGUUAAAAAUCUGAGAAGAUCUCAAAUUGAACUCAAACAAAAACUAGACGAGUCGUCACAGAAAAAAAUGGAAAUGGAGCAACUCUUGCAGCAAGAGAUAGAGAAGAGUGAAAUCACUUCGGCCACAAGAAGAAAGCUGUUAGAUGAUUGUCAAAAGCUGCAGAUCCGGCUCCAGGAGUGUAACAUCAAAUUUGUUGAUAAUAAUAUUGCACUUGAUUCAUCCUCCUUAUCUGAUGUUUUGGAUCUCCUAGCUGAAUCCGACAAGCAACUCGGUCUUCUCUUUGUAGAGUCUCAACAACUGACCUUGGAGACCGACUCACUCUCUGAUAGCGAUGAUGUGACGACGAUUGAUCAUGAGCUGCGGAUUGUGUUGAGAAACAUAUUUUUGGAUAAUGUUAAGUUGAGAAAGCAGGUGAACGUUUUUAUUCGGUCUGCUCUCGAGACAGACAAUUCUAAUGAAAACGGUAAUCAAGCCUUUCCUAGAGAAACCGUGUUAAAACAAGUAUUUGAAAAUUAAAGAAACAUUAGUACAUAAGUAAAUUUUAACACUCUAUUGUGUAGACUGAGGAUAUUGGCACGGUACAAUGUUCGGCCUUGUAGCAUGUCCAGGUACAUGAAAUAUAGGACUUGGGGAAGCAAAUAGCAAUAGUUCUGUGAAUACUGAGACUUGUAUUAAUCACUUUUUGGUGUUUUAUCUUCCUCCCUUUGGACCUCGACCUGUGCGGUUUACUGGGUUGAGGAAUGACUGGUGUUUUAUCCAUAUUUUUGUCGUGAUUGCCAAAUUUAAUAAAUGUGUGAAUUGAGAAAGAUUAAAACUUAA